AUGAGACGGGGCGCUUCUCGCGAGCCCUACGGCACCUCCAAACGCGAUGAACACAAUCAGCAACACCACGGCGACGCCGAGCUGGUUCCCAGCGGGGAUGGAGCCCGCGACCGGCUGGUCAUGCUGCCGCGCCUCGUGCCCGCCAUGCAGCUGCUGAGCGCCUCCCGGCCGGGCCCGCCUGCCCCAGACCAAGGCGGUCGUGUCGGAGGUACGGGGGCCGACUCCCUCUCCCACAGCCGGGAGAAACGCCGCGAUGUCGAAGUGCUACCCGGCGUCAAGUUGGCCACCAUGUCGCCCAGCCGCCUGGUGCGAAAAGAGCUGUAG